CAAGCUCCUAUUUGGGCUCCUAGACAAAAGUGAACCAACUUGCCUUCACUGCUGAUAACGGAGGGGCUAUUACUGACAUAAACAUAUCCAGCCGGCGAGAUGUCCAUGGUUUGUCUGAGCCGAAAUGUUCUGGCUUUUAGAAAUUCUGGUGUGAUGGUGAUGGUGCGGCAUGCUCAGACUGCAGCUGCUCCAGCUCCUGAACCCAGGAUUAAGAAGUUCCAGGUUUACCGCUGGGACCCCGACACCCCUGGAGACAAACCACGAAUGCAGACAUAUGAAGUUGAUCUUAACACUUGUGGUCCAAUGAUUCUGGAUGCUCUCAUUAAGAUUAAGAAUGAGAUUGACCCAACGCUCACAUUCAGACGUUCCUGCCGUGAGGGUAUCUGCGGCUCAUGCGCCAUGAACAUAAAUGGAGGCAACACACUGGCAUGCCUUAAGAAAAUCGACGCCAACACUAGCAAACCUGUCAAAAUCUACCCACUGCCACACAUGUAUGUCGUCAAAGAUCUGGUGCCUGAUAUGAGCAACUUCUAUGCACAGUAUAAAUCCAUCGAACCAUACCUGAAAAAGAAGGAUGAGACUCAGGAGGGGAAGGAGCAGUAUUUCCAGUCAGUGCAGGACCGGCAGAAACUGGAUGGGCUGUAUGAAUGCAUCCUCUGUGCUUGCUGUAGCACCAGCUGUCCCAGCUACUGGUGGAAUGGAGACAAAUACCUGGGACCUGCUGUCCUCAUGCAGGCAUACCGAUGGAUGAUUGACUCCCGUGACGAAUUCACAGAGGAACGUUUGUCUAAACUUCAGGACCCCUUCUCACUUUAUCGCUGCCACACUAUCAUGAACUGCACCAAGACUUGCCCCAAGGGUCUCAACCCCGGAAAGGCCAUUGCAGAAAUCAAGAAAAUGAUGGCAACUUACAAAGAGAAGAAAGCAACAGCCUCAUAAACAUCUAUAAAUAAAACUGGCUUGAUAU